UCCUCUCUGUGAAUUUGCAAAAAAAAAAAAGAACCUUCAAACUUUUCUCUCUGUUUCUGAGUGAAGAUAAUGCAGUCUUUUUGACUAUUUCGUUUUAGAAUUUCUCUUGUCUACUUUUUCCCCCUUUUCUUAAUUGAAGAUAGUCUACUUUAUGCUGUGAAUUAUCGUUUCGCUGCUAAGGGAAGGAAGGUUUUCGGAUUACAGAUUUCAAGUUGACACAGAGGUGAACGAACUCCUAGAAAUUAGGUUUCAACUUUGUUGCGACCAUGGGAAACAACGAUGAAGGAAAGUCCUCUAAGUCCGACAAAUCAUCUUCACCAGUGCCAACGGAUCAGACCAAUGUUCAUGUCUAUCCCGAUUGGGCAGCCAUGCAGGCAUAUUAUGGUCCUCGAGUUGCUAUGCCACCAUAUUAUAAUUCAGCUGUGGCGUCAGGCCAUGCUCCUCCCCCCUAUAUGUGGGGCCCACCACAGCCUAUGAUGCCACCUUAUGGGGCACCUUACGCAACAAUCUACUCACAUGGGGGAGUUUAUGCACAUCCUGCUGUUCCUCUGGCUGCGGCCACUGUGGAAACAGCUACAAAGUCCUCGGGAAAUUCAGAACGAGGUUUAAUGAAGAAGCUGAAAGGGUUUGAUGGUCUUGCAAUGUCAAUUGGCAAUGGUACUGCUGAGAAUGCUGAGGGUGGGCCUGAACCUAGGCUGUCCCAGAGUGCGGAGACUGAAGCUUCCACUGACGGUAGUGAUGGGAAUACAACCGGGACGGAUCAAACUAGACGGAGAAGAAGCAGGGAGGGUACACCAACCAUUGCAGGUGGAGAUGGGAAAAAUGAGGCAAAGUCUAAUGCAAUCGUUCCUGUGGGAGAGGUGACUGCAACUGUUUCUCCUAAUUCAAUUGGAACUGUACUUUCUCCUGGCAUGACCACAGCUUUGGAGCUGAGGAACCCUACCACCAUGAAUGCUAAGUCCAGUCCCACGAGCGUACCUUGUGGAGUAAUGCCUUCUGAAGUCUGGUUGCAGAAUGAACGGGAGCUGAAACGCGAGAGGAGGAAACAAUCUAAUCGAGAAUCUGCUAGGAGGUCAAGGUUGAGGAAGCAGGCUGAGACUGAAGAGCUUGGUCGUAAAGUUGAAUCGUUGACUGUAGAGAAUGCUACACUCAGAUCUGAAAUAAAUCAACUAACUGAGAAAUCAGAGAAACUAAGGCUAGAGAAUGCUAAUUUAGUGGAGGAACUGAAACAUACUCAGCUGGGACAAGCGAAGGAAAUUGUUAUGAACAACAAAGACAACAAAGAGGGUGAAAUGUAUGAGAAAAGCUCCAACUCUGGUGCCAAGCUGCAUCAACUCUUGGAUGCGAGUCCUAGAGCUGACGCAGUGGCUGCCGGCUGAUCAAGGAGAAAAAGUUUUACCUGAUAUAUUUUUGACGUAAAAUUGGAGGCAAUCGCGUAGCUUUGGCAUAAUUACAAGCCCAAAACUACUGCUAACAGUUAGUAGAGGGAUGAACUAGUUUGAUAGGAUUGAAACUAUAUGCUUCGGACAGGUCUUUUCCUUUGUAAGUUAGCUCUCUCAUGGCAGAACUGAUUGUAAUUUUAUUUGAAAAUCAGAGUCCUGAGAAAGCCCUGAAAGGUAGUGUGCAUUAGCGAGAAUUAGAGUUUUCAGUUUAGGAAGAAAGGCGUUGGAGACCUUCAAUGUGUAAUCUCUAAUGAUUGUGCAAUUUUUAUUGACUCAGCGCUGUAGCUGUUUGUGAUGUGUGAAAAUGAGAAGUUUGUCUGACUUCAUGCUGUAA